UACCAUUCCUCAAAUAUAUUCCAUCCCUCCGUUUCUCAAGUAAGCCUUUAUUAGUUGGGAUGGUUUGGAUCUUAUCUCUCAUAGAAGCCGCGUGCUGGACCCGAGAACGUUCGGAAAACACAGAAGUGGAAAGGACGGGAUUAUCUUUCGGCUUUUCAAUGCACUGACUAUUGGCACACGGUGCACGGGGGCCUUUCUUAUCACGGUCAUCUCCAUCAACAAGAACGGACAAAUAUCUGCACUUUCAACGAGAUCUUAUCGACACAACAAUCUAUUGUUUACCAGCUGGGUGUUCACAAGGCACAAGAUUUUUAUCUUCAGAAAUAUUUAUCACAUGAUCGUUAACUAUACCAUCAACUCUACUAUCAUCUUCCCAACGAAGUGAUAUACCACAACUUGAAAUUAGAUGGUUCUGAGAUAAACAACAUUUUAUGUUUGAUUCGACUGUUCACAAUCUCAAAAAGUAAACAGCAAUUCAUUUUAUAAGGCUGUCAACAGUAGGCUAUAAUUCCUGUAAUGAAUUGGACUAAAUAAGAUGGUUUGUGAAAAAAAACAAAGGGAAGCACAGAGUUAAUUUGGAGUUGGAGUUUACUCCAACAGCUAUCAAGAAUCAUCAGACAGUUGUGUCUCUCAACUGAUUGUCAAGCUCUUUUUGGAUACGAACUGAAAAACAUAUGAAAAGACUGAAAAUGAUGCUGAGUCCAGACCAAGCUGAUUCCGACCUCGGAUGGGGACAAUCCGACGCAGAGUCGGUGCUCAACGACCUCAAGGUCGGGUGCCUGUCCGACGAACCAAUGGAGGGGGAGGGGAAGACGAGGUCGCUGGCCCAACCGAACCUCAGCAGGGAGGAGAAGAGACGGAGGAGACGUGCGACGGCCAAGUACCGCUCGGCCCAUGCCACGCGCGAGAGGAUCCGCGUGGAAGCGUUCAAUGUGGCCUUCGCUGAACUGAGAAAGUUGCUGCCAACCCUUCCCCCUGACAAGAAACUCUCCAAGAUCGAGAUCCUCAGACUUGCAAUAUGCUAUAUCUCCUAUCUCAAUCACGUUCUGGAUGUCUAGUUGAAAUUAGUGAGAUACAUUUUCAAAUGGGAGAAUUGGACAAGGAGAAUGGAGGGACCAGAAAGAAAUAUGGGUGAUAUGUCACUUGUGAAAUCGGGGAUACAUGAAAGUUGCCAGAAAGUACAAAAAAAGAGAUGGGGGGGGGUG